AUGCUUCCCAUGAUCCACCAUCCUACUUUUGACCCUGAAAAAGAGCUUGUAGUGACAUUGGCCGUUGCUGGCAUUGGAGCCAAAUAUACUGGCCUUCCCGGGGCACAGCCAUUUUCCAAGGCACUAUUUGAGCUGAAUCAUCGACUGAUUCUUUUCAUGUCUGAACGAGAGCGACAAUUCGUGAGAACCGAAGCCUACCUGACCGCCCAGCUCCUACAGGCGGCGCAUGGAUAUUUGAGUGACAACGAGCGCACAUUCGAGUUGGCCGAGGCGUGUCGCAGCAGCAUAACAUACCAUGCCAAAUGUAUGGGCUUGUUCCGCACCGAGACACCGUCCGAACCCGAUCAGGAUGGCAGCUCUUUGGAAGAAUCCUGGCAUGCAUGGAUCCGACAGGAGCGCCGACGCCGGAUAGCGUGGUCAAUCUACGAAUUAGACACAUCAUCUGGGUAUCUGCAUAAUAACAGACCACUUUUAAGUCCGGAAGAACUGAAUCUCAACCUCCCAAGCUCUUCGCAGCACUGGGAAGCACCUUCCGCACAUGCGUGGGCGGCACUGCAUCCUUGGGCCAAUGCCUGUCCUCCCACCAGUCGCCUGCGCCCAUUGAUCAGGAGUCUUUUUGACGGCACGGAGAAGCCAGCCGAGAAAUUCCAGGAUGAGAAGCAACGAUUUCUUGUCAUUUUAGCACUGGUGAGGACCCUUUUGAGUGUAAAAGACCUCCAGUUCACGUCAACUCUUGAACGAGACCAAGAUGGCUUUGAGUCGAAAUUUUGCAACCAGAAGCAGCAUGAGCUGCUUCAAGCCAUUGAUUGCUUCUACGAGUCACCGGCUCCGCGGGCAAAGUUCUACACGAGAACACAGUUGCUACAAGCCGCGUACCGAACGCAACUAACUCACGUCGCACAUCUCUAUGGCGCUGGAGAUCUCAUGACCUUUCUUUAUCCAUACCUAAGGAAUGGUCAAGAAGCGGAGAAUGCGAAAAUCCGGAUGUUACAGUGGGCACAGAAAGACCAACGCAGGGUUCGAAAUGUGGCCUAUCAUAGCGCCCAAAUCCUUGCACUUUUGAGAAAAUACCCCAGUAAUCUGCCUGUGGAGCCAUUCGUUGUCUUUCAUGCUGGUGUGGUAUUGUCGUGCAUGGCGAAACUGCUGCCAGCGUGCCAAACCCACGGUGAAAGACGGUCGUUGCAAAUCGACUACUUGGGCGAGGACGACAACUUGGUGAGGAAAGCUUUGGCAUGGGUCCAUGAUGGCGGCGAUAUUGAAAUCAGGUUGCACGGAGUACCCUCCCUGUGCUGCGAGAAGGGACGCAAGGAGGUCCUGGAUCAAACCGCGGAGCUGCUCAGAGCAAUGAGUGUUUGGAGCAUAUCACAGAACUUCGCCGCAAUGAUCCUCUCGCUGCGGCAAAACAGAUCUUCCGAACACAAUGCAGAAAGCGCAGCUGCCCUGACCAGCGUUGGUGAGACUAUAGUCUCGAGGGUCGCUGGGACUAUAGUCCUGACUAGUCAUAGACUUGGCAGGCUUGGCACCGGGAAUAAAAUGGCGGUCAAUAACAGAGAUAACUGUUUUGUUAACAAAUUAUAUGUGAAAAUGUCGGACAGUUUACAACCUUUCAUUGAAACGCCCUCGCCAUCGAUCGUUACUCUUCGAACGUCGAGUAGCGAGACGCCGUCGCGCCGUACUGAGAAUAGACGGAUCGGUAACGUAAUGUGGUUGCAGGUUGGCCGCAAGGCUAAUAAACGGCGAGGUAUCUCGUCGUCUUAUAUCUGGCAACAUGGUGACGAGUAUUGCGAUAUCUCGAAGCCUGACGAUUCCGCCUCUUAG